AACUUAGUUUAUCCGUCUGAAUUCGCUUGUCUCAGAUGUUUGAUGGUGACGCAGGUAAAUACCGGGAAAAGGAAACAACAUGGCCGUGAUAGAGAGUGAAGAGUUGUCCUAUUUUGCGACUUAUGUUUCAAUCGUCAUUCUGAAGAUGGUGGUACUAUCCCCUCUGACGGGAUAUUUUCGUCAUCAGGGAAACGCAUUUUCCAACCCGGAGGAUAUGGUAUCACUGAAGGAGAAGGAUAGGAAACCAAUCUUCAACGAUCCUAUGGUGGAGAGGGUCAGAAGAUGUCACUUGAACGACCUGGAAAACAUCGUACCGUUCUUCGCGCUCGGCCUCCUCUACGCACUCACCUCUGGAGCUUCAACCACCACCAUCGUCUGGCAUUACCGUUUCUUCGUCGUCGCUCGCCUUUUCCAUACCAUCGCGUACAUCGGUGCCCUGCCGCAGCCGAGUCGUGGCCUGGGUUUCUUGGUUGGUCUCGUCGUCAACGUCUCAAUGGCUGUGCAGAUUUUAAUGUACAACGCGAACUUUUAAGUGAAGAACGCGUGAUCGGUCGAUAUCCACUAGACCACUUCAGAGAUAUAUAGUACAUGUUCAAGUAACGACUCCUAAAUAUCAUCCUUUCUUGCAAAAUCAGAACCCUUAUUUCAGAAGAUGAAAAUAUUAACAGUUUGUUUUAUAUCAAUACUUUGCAAUACUUUGUAAUCUUAAUGUUUAAAUACUCUAAUAACCUUCUUCCUCCGGCAUUCUUUAACCUGUUUGUUAUAAACAACAACAACAAUCAUUCUUAUCCGACACAAAACUCUCUCACAACUUUCAUUUGAUACACCCCAAAUUGCUAAUCGCGUAUAAAUCUACCCGAUACCAUGGCUCUGACCAUUGUUUAAUCAUGUACUACAACGCUGCCAUGAUGCGUAGAUUAUCAGCAACAAGUCACAAUUUAAUAAGCGCUCCAACAACAUGCAAUCGUACUGGCUCUACCAUAUCCCUCCACCCUACCACUACCACCCCAGCUAUACCUCUGUAGUAUUUUCCUCAUUUCAUCCCUCUUCAUUUCUCAAUUUUAUUUGUUACUUUACAAACCCAAUUUGGGAGGACAUUGCCCUCUGACAUAAGCCAGGCACUGCUAACCCCAUAUAUUUAUCAACAAGUGUCAGCUUAAUGGCGUAAUGGCCCUGGACACUGCAGUUAUCACCAGUGACCAGCCCUAACUUCCCAGAAUUUGGUACAGAACUCUCUUUGUUUUAUCCUGCCUCCCAAGAAGGAUGAAAACAACAUCUUCUCUCUAACUUUCUUCACUACACACUUCUCAAAGUUCUUCAUCGAAGCAACACGUCAUUUUGAGAAUGUCACCUCUACCACAAUUUGCUUCAUGCAUACACCAGGAGCAAAUCCAUCUUCAAUUCUAACCUCCUUCAUAUAAUUUGGAGAAUUCUCUUACGUGCCUAUAUCACCUAUUGUAUGGCACAUCAACUCUUUAUCCUGCCGUCUUUAAAGGACUGGCAGUCUUGCAGUGGAACGUCUAAAUCAGGAACCGACAUGGCUCCUGAUUCUCCGCUGGGAGCUGCUAGCUUCUUCGCUUCGGUAGCUCUUUUCACACACGAGCUCGAUUCACUGUAGCUCGCCUGAACUUUCAUCAACGAGUCCAUCUCACUGUAACUCUGAUGAUUUCACUUCAAAGUCCGGCUCAUCGAUUCAGCAUCGAGCGACUCACUGCUCUUCACGAUCACCACUAUACCGGCUUUGAUGUCUACAUUUCAACCUGGGCCUCCGACAUCGAGCCACUCACUGCCUCGUCGUCGAGCGCCACAUUUCUUCUCUUCUCGCCCGAGCGCUACAUUCAUCAUCAUCACGAGCGUCGGCAUCGACAUCGCGUUCUUCUCGGCUCUUCAGCCACGUCAAUGAAGUCGCGUUUCCAUCAUCAAGCCUCCGCACAAUCAUCGCGUGAGCCCCUUUCUUCGUUUCAUCCGUCAUCAUCUUCAUGGACUUUCGACGUCAUUUCUACCAUUGUCGUAAGCUCUAUUCAUUCACUGCAUUUAUUCAUGUCCAUCUCAUUACAUGACCAUUUAAACUCCGUGCAAUAUCCACGAUCCUCAUUCAUGUGAUUCUCAUUCGGAAUCAUUUAUUUGCUUGCAUGACUACACUUUGCAAGUGUUGUGUCUGCAAAUCAGUACCCAAUAAAAUAACGAAAAGGGAA